AGACAAUACUAUUGUCAGUGGCGAUUCUCUUGGUCAUGUCAAAUUCUGGGAAGGAAAUAUGGGCACGAUGUUACAAAAAUAUCAUCAACAUAGUGCGCCCGUUUUGUGUUUAACUACGAACGAAGAAGGAACUGCAGUUUUCUCUUGUGGUGUAGAUUAUAAAUGCAAUCUUUUCAAAUUGGUAGGCCCGAAGCAUUCAAAAUAUCCACAUAAGAUGAGAUCAGAAUCUAUUCCCUUUUGGGAACUUGUUGGAUAUCGAAGAUAUCACGAACACGAAGUGAAGGCUUUAGCUAUAAAUGAAAUGAAUGAUACGUUGGUUUCUGGAGGCGUCGACACCGAUUUGAUUUUAAUUCCAUUGGAAAACUUUCCUAAUGUUUAUUGUCAUCGUAUUCCGGCUUUUUACCGUGACUUAAUUUCAUUAUCAAAAACGCAGCAGCUGCUAAUGUAUCGGUCGUCAAAUGGAAUAAAGUUAUGGAAGCUAGGAAAAGCAGCUAUGCCACCUCGAUCCUCUGAAAUGAACAAGGUGGAUGUCAUGUUAUUACCAUUGGUUGAACGACAAGAAGCAGUAUUAGAGAUUUCUUUAAAGGGUACUCUUAAUCUAUUCUCGAGUGCUCUUUCAGAAGACGGACAUUGGAUCGCUGUUGCAGACGUGGAAGAAGUAAAGCUAUUCAGAAUUGAAAAAGACCCAGUCAAACACAUGAUUGUCCAUAAAAUAAAAGAUUUUUGCCGAAUAUAUUCUCAAAGCUCUAAAAAAUUUGCGACUGGUGCACAUCAUCUCUUAUUCGCACCCGAUAAUUCAAAACUGAUUAUGGUUACCGUUGAUUCAUAUGUUGUCGUUGUCGGAUUAAAUAAUUGGCAUCAAGGUAGAUUUGAUGUUCUUGCGUGUUUUGACAAUCACGCACGAGAUGCCGAAAAAAACAAAAUGGCUUCAACGAUUACAACGAUUGUCGUGAGUAAUGAUAGUAGAUGGUUGGCAACGGGAGACUUGUCGAAUAAUAUUUAUAUAUUCAAUCUUAAAAAUUUAUCGCAUUAUAUACCAGUUCAAAAAUUCCAAUCACUUCAAAAUGGACUCACUUUCAGUCCAAAUUCAUCGAUUCUUCUCAUCACCUUAACCUCAAACGAAUUUUAUCUAUUUGAUCUGCAAAAGGAAAAUCUAACUGACUGGUCACGAAAUUAUUCAACAAAAUUACCACUGAAAUUUCUCGAAUUAAAAGAAAAGAUUAUGGGAUGUACAUUCAAUCCAGGACGACCGGAGAGUAUACUCUUAUGGAGUGCAAAUUUCAUAUGUAUCGUUGAUAUAAGCAAAGAAGUUGGUGAUCCGGAUCAAGAGAUUGAUGUGUUUCUUCGUAAAUCUUUAUUACUACAAACAUAUCACGAUAUAUCAUCCCCUCGUGGAAAUAUUAAUCAUAUUUUGCAGGAUGAAAUUUCUCGGAUUAAUUUCAAAAUGAUCCGUAAAUAUCAAUCAUUGAUUUUUGUGGAUUAUGUAAAAGAAGAUUCGCUAGUUGUGGUUGAAAGACCUCGCGCUGAAAUUAUGAAAACAUUGCCGCCUCCCUUUGCUUGGGCUAAAUAUGGCACAUAA